AUUGUCUUGAAGUUCCAUCUCACACGCUAGUGCCCAAUGUUAAGGCGCAGUUCCACUGAGGCAACAUAUAGUAUCCGACAUUGACGCAUGCGGCACACUGUCUUUCCAUAGAGGCAACACAAAAAGAAAAAAAAACAUGACUCCUUGUCGCAUGCCACAAGUUGGCCGUUGUUGCCUCUCGAGGGCGCUGUCAGCAACAUAAAUUACUAAAUAAGCAGCUGCUGCGACUGUUUGUAAUGACAUGACAUACUAAACUAAAGUUGCCUGAAUUGAAUCGUGAAGAUGGAUACUACACUCAUGUAUGACAAAGUGCAUGCCAUAUAGAAGAACAAAAUCUGCUUAUGGUAUGAAUAGAAUUUUUGGCAACACUGUCGAAUGACAACAAGAGGCAACAAUUGGAAGCAAGUAGCAUGCCACAUGUUGUUCACUGUUGCCUCA